UUUUUUUUCAUGUGUUGUAUGACGAUUUGAAUGUAUAGUUCAUGCAUGUUGUUGUUGGAUUGUUGUUGUAGUUGAAGUAAAGAGUUAGCCGUGAGUGAGGUGAAGUCAUGAUUGAUUUCAUUUUGCAUGUAUUGUUGAUGAAUUGAAUAUGUAUCAACAUAGGCAAAUGAACAAAGAUUUGUAGAAGUUUGGUUGUGAUGUUGUAUGUUGGAUAUGGGACUGUUUUUUUUUUUCUUGAAAUGAAAAUGAGCCGUGAGUUGAAGGUUCUAAUGAAGUCAUGCUUUAUCUUCUUGAACAUGUAUUGGAAAUGGAUUGAAUGUAUUGUAGUUGGAUAAACGGAUGAAAAUCACGAAAUUGUGGGAAGGGUGUUGUAGCCGUGUAAAAAGGGACUGUUUUAGGGGAGAUUUAGGGACUGUUUUGUGUCACAUUUGGAUUGUUGUUGUUAUGGACAUUGUGGUGCAUUGUAUGCAUGUUGAAUAUGUGAAUUGAGGUGUUAAAGAAAUGAAUUAUGAUGAAGUGUAUAGGCAGUCCAAAACUGUGGACAGUUUUGAUGUUAGAAGUGAAUUUGUGUGUGUUGAAUGUUGAUUCUUGUUGCAAACGUUUAGUGAAAGUAAAGUGCAUUGAUUCAAGCUGAAACUGAAAUGAUGGUGGGCUGUUAUAAGAAUGGAAAUGAUGCUAAAACAGUUCCAAAAAUCAUGAAAGUAAUGUCAUUAAACGUGUUGUUGUUGUUGCAAGUUAAAACUGGAAAAUUGCUAAGUGAGAAUGGAAAUGCUAUGUGUGUUGUUUAGCCAUGUGUAUGAAACAGUUUUGAAUGGUGUAUGGACUGCCCAAGUUCCCUAAGUCAUGUUUAAACAAGUCUUGAUUAAUAUAUGAAAGAACGAUUAGCAAUGUUAGCUUGUAACGCUAGUUGGUUUGAAUGCGAACGAAACGUCGUUUAAUUGUUAGAAAGGAAUUGUGAGUGUCACAAUACGUAUUGAAUGCCCUUGUAGACUAAUUGUAGUUCUUCACAUCUUGAUAUAGGAUAAGUGUUUUUGGGCAGCAAGUACAAGUUAGAAUACAACUAAACGCAAAAGGUACAGACGCUCGUUUCGGAGAUCCGCCAGCUUAGGACACUAUUUCAGCUCUUUUGGACUGCUCCUUUGUUCCGGAGCUAGCUUGUGUGAUGCCUCCGAAAAAGGCAACGGCUGCCCAGAAGAAAAAGGGCGUGGUAGGAGAGACCAGUCGGGCUCAGAAGGGUACUCGGACCCUUGCUCAGAUGAUGCGUGAUAUUGCGUCCCGGCCAGCAGACUCUGCUAUGUCUUCAUCAUCAGAGGAGUCUGGAGCAGCAUCACCAUUAGCUCCAGAGGCUCCAGCUCCCGCGCCUCCAGCUCCUCAGCCAGGGGCGGAGGAUAGGACAUUGAGGGAGGCCGUACAGUUGUUGACUACUUUGGUAGCGGGACAGGUUCGCAGACGCGGGCAGAGAGAUGAUGAUGAUGAUGACAGGCGUGAUAGCCUAAGGGUUCGUGACUUUUUGACAUGCCGUCCCCCAGAGUUUUACGGAUCUAAGCCCGAGGAGGACCCCCACGACUUCAUUCGGGGAGUGCGGCGCUCAUUGGAUUUGGUCAGGGCUUCAGAGACCGAGUCCGUUGAGUUAGCCUCACACAGAUUACGAGAUGUUGCUGCCAAUUGGUAUGAGUCUUGGGAGCUGUCCAGAGGUGAGGGGGCUUCCCCAGCUACUUGGGAUGAGUUUGUGACUGCUUUUCUCCGCCACUUUCUGCCCCCGGAGUUACGGCGGGCACGGGUUGAUAAAUUUUUACAGUUGCGGCAGAACGGCCGGAGUGUUCGCGAGUAUAACCUGGAGUUUGAUUCUUUGGCUCGAUAUGCCCCUGCUAUAGUAGCGGAUAUGGCUGACCGUAUGCACCGGUAUGUGAUAGGAUUGGACCGCUACUUGAUUGACGGUUGCAUGGCGAUGGCGUCACAGACAGAUAUGGAUAUCGCCCGGUUACAGGCCCAUGCCCAGGGUAUGGAGGACCGAUACAGGGCCGAUUAUGCUGGUAGAGAUCAAUCGGGCAGAGAUCGUGAUAGGAGACCGCCCAAGCGGGCCAGGUCAGCUGGGUAUUCUGGUGAGUUUCGGGGCGGGCAGCCCCAACAACAGCAUAAUAGCUACCCUUCUCAGCCGGCACGGAGUGAACCUCCACGAUUCACUGGUAGGAGGUUUGAUAGCACAGGGUAUUCAGAAGCUGGUCAAAGCUCCAUGACUUCAGGUUUCCAGAUGCACAAGGAUUCAGGCCAGACGAGGCCAUCUAUACCACAGUGCCCUCAAUGUGGCAGGCGCCAUCUGGGGGAAUGCCGCCGCAUUACUGGUGCUUGUUUCUCUUGCGGCCGUCAAGGCCAUACCAUGAGGGAGUGUCGAUUUGGGGGUGGUGCAGAUGGUGCAGCUCAGCCUACGGGGUCAGUUGCUGGUUCUUCUUCUUCAGUUGCCAUGCGUCCUAUGGGACAAGGUAUUCCGACACCAGCAGGCCGUGGCAGAGGCCGUGGAGGGGCUUCUAGUUCUGGCGGUCCUUCAAACCGCUUAUAUGCUUUAGCUAGCAGACAGGAUCAGGAAGCGUCGCCGAAUGUUGUUACAGGAUAAGUGUUUUUGGGCAGCAAGUACAAGUUAGAAUACAACUAAACGCAAAAGGUAUGUAAAGCCUAUUCCUUCUUCUUUUGGCAUGUCCUAGACGUAAGUGUGAAACGAUAUGAACCUUGGGGUAGAUUCUAUUCUCUAGUUUCAUGUAUGACUUAUGAUUCUAUAUUUCAUUAAGGUUAUUGUCAUGUGCCUACAAUAUGAUUGACUAAUGAAUAAUGCAUGAAAGUUCCUAUACUUAAAGAAUUACACAACUAGAGACAUACUUGACUUUCAAAAGCUAUACCAUGUUGAAGCGAUAUACGUACAUGAAAUCUGAAACGUUUCUUGUAAUAGUUUGUAUGAGACUUAAGAUGAACUGAAUAUGAAUAUUAUUUUUACACUUUAGAGCUGGUUAGUUGCUUAUCCACUGAGUCUCAAAAAGAUGAAUUGCAUAUAUGUGGUUGCUAUUUAUUCUGCUCGUGCUUACCGCUAUAUCCUUCACUGAGUCCCGGGCCAGGACACGUUCUCGUGCGCAUAUUUACUAUAUUAAUCACCGAGUCCCUCACUAGAGGGCCGGGACACGUUAUAUAUCUAUGUAUAUGAUGAUAUGAUGACAUGAUGAUAUGGAGAUGGUGGCCAGGAGGGCAUAUUCCCUAUUACCGAGUCCCUUAUUAAAGGGCCGGGACACGUCUAUGUUUAUGUUUAUGAUGCUAUGAUUUUAAUUACCGAGUCCCUCAUUAAAGGGCCGGGACACGUUAUAUAUGUUAUAUACAGAAUGAUUUUGCAACUUUGAUUACAAAACUCUAUAACGAUAUUGAUAUGAGAAUGAUACAGAUAAAAUAUGUCCAAAGGCAAGUUUUAUGAAUCUCUGAUUGCUGCAUUGGGUCCUACAUACUUUGUCUCCUUAUGAGUCUAUUACUACAUUUCAUGCUUUACAUGCUCAGUACAUAUUCCGUACUGACCCCCUUUCUUCGGGGGGCUGCGUUCAUGCCCGCAGGUACAGACGCUCGUUUCGGAGAUCCGCCAGCUUAGGACACUAUUUCAGCUCUUUUGGACUGCUCCUUUGUUCCGGAGCUAGCUUGUGGUAUAACUCCCUUAUGUUGUAUUCGUAGGUGUUUAUUUGGGUAUGGCGGGGCCCUGUCCCGCCACAUAAUACGGUCAUUACUCUUAGAGGUCUGUGGACAUCGGUGUGGGUCUGUUUGUAGUUGUUGAUGCGUUUUAUGUCUAUGACUUAUGUUUGGGGCG